AUGAAGCAGGUUUAUCAGUGCAGUGGUAUCACACAGAAAGGGGAGCGCUGUAGACGGACUGUUAGGAUUGAACACGGUUUUUGUUCCUACCACGUAUCUCAAGCCAGUACUUUAUCAAGGCAUGAUGAUCAUCGAAAGCUUCCGAAUCCAAAUAGUAAAAAGUCGAAGUACCAUGAUCAAUAUAGACAAUGUGAGAGAAUGAAUGGGCAACAUACGCCACAGGAACAGCCUACCAUCCCUGGCCAAUUUCAAAGCUUUGAAUCAAAAAUGGAUGCACAGUCAUUAUCAGCCUCGCGACAUGCCGAAGCCAACAUGUCCCGCAUGCACUUUGGCAACCCAAGACAAUUACCACAUCCAAGAGGUUACAAUUUCGACACAUUUACCGAUUACAAACCCAUCUCUGACAAGUCACGAGGAAGAGGAUAUAUUUACAUCUACACGAUGCAGAGUUUCCUUCAGCCUCCCAAGGGCUGGACCUUUAAAGUCAAAAACAUCCCCAACACGUCAACACGCAAUCGAGACAAAUGGAUUAACUUUAAAAGUCGAAGCUCACCGUAUAUCUUGGUUAAAAUCGGAAUGACUACUCAAUUACCAAAUGUUCGUAUCAAACAGUGGGAAAACAAGUGCAAACACGAACUUGUCAAUUUAGGUCCACAAAAUGAGCACUUGAUUAAGUCUCGUUUACAUUGGUGGCAAAAGUUUUUAUGCUUGAGUAUAGAUGAUGACGGCGACACCGAGAUGAGGUUGAGUCGGUUCAAAAAGGAUGGAUUUUAUUGUGAAGAAAAUGUCAAUACUGUUGAAAGUAUGAUUCAUCAACAAAUGCGGAAAAAGUAUGGUAAAGGUGAUGUUUAUUGCAGUGGAUGCAUAUCAGAUGAGGCUUUAACGAGAAACAAGAAUAAAGAGAAGGUUCCAUUGCAGAAUAAUUACAACGUGCAUGUGGAGUGGUUCUUGAUCCCGAAACAGGACUUGAGGGAUGUAUACCGGCUUAUUGAUCAAACAUGUAGAUCCAUAGGAUGA